AUGAUGGACUGGAGGACAGAGGCGUAUCGGGCUAUUAAAGCCUUUGAUGACGCACUUGGACGCCCACCCUUCCCUGUCGACGCCCCAGAGGACCUCGUCGUCAAGGCACAAGCAGUUCUGGCGACACUUGCCAACGUCGUCGCGGCCGGCAAGCUGAAGUCCCUCGACGGUGUGGACGAGGUGACGACGACGUUGCCCAUUCUCUGCGCUUCUCUCAGGGAGGGUACACCGAACCACACGCCCUGUCUGUAUCUUUAUCGUCCACUGCUGCUGGCAGCCGCCCAUGUCAGCUCUCUCUCCACCUAUCCCAUCUCGUACCUGCUGCGGGAUGCAGUCCAGGUGCUUGCCCCUCAAGAAGCUCCCUCACCGACCGGCUCCUCGGUGAAGUGCGCCGUCACCACCACUCCGACCGAAACGUCGAGGAAAAUCGAUGACUGUGAGACAGAGGUGGAGAGCGAAGUAACUCUCUUUACAUUCAUGGCGCUGACACAUAGCUUGACACCGAUGUACAUGCGCCGCUUUCUUCGCUCACCGCCGUACGAGUCGUCUGCUGAUGGGAACAGCGCGACGCGCAAGGAAGGGAAAGGUAGGGCGAAACAAAAAGUGGUCGCAUCGCACAAGGGCGAUAAGGAGAAGAAAGCGCAUUUGCUCUCUCCACCUACCAGCGCGUCUGGUAUCAAUGGGGGAGGUGAAGUUGGUGGUAACACCUUGGCAGUUCCACGUGCCCUCCUGCACUGCAUGAUCGGUGCAGCGCUCUCCGACGAGUGCCGCGCCGUUUUCGAGUCCUUCGUUGACAACACACCCAAAUUUCUGGCCUGCGUCGCCGGGGACGGAGACCUGGCGCGACGCAUCUUGGAUGUGUACGCGGCCCGCAUUGUGCCGAAGCUGAAGCCGUCUUCCCUGCUUCCCUGCCUUGACGCGCCGUUGCUGGACUACUACGUGGACGUUGUCGCAGCCUCGCAAGGUGCCGGGCACGUUACUUUGCUUUCUAGCCACGAGUUCCGCGAAGUACCGCGUCGAACGUGGGACGCAGCGCGCUUUCGCCGACUUGCCUGCGCAGCAAUGUCACGGACUAUCGGCGCCGAGGACGCCAUGGCGAGUUUGCUCGUGUAUGUGUUUCUGUACCUCACGUACUGUGACUUCAGCUGGGAUAAAACUCCCACCGCACCUCCCUCGUCUUCUCCAGCUGCUGUAGAGAUGGGGACAGAGAUGUCGGUGACCGAAGCGCACUUGAUCACUGCCGUCUGCAAAGCAUCCAAGGCAGUCUUACUCGCCGACAGUGCGCCAUCAUCAAGCGCGUCCGUGUCCUCGGUGUGUGUGCAGUUAAAGACAGGUGCUCUCCUUGUGGAAGGGAGCGCCGUGCCACGGGCAUUGGAGCCUCUCCAGGUGUUUGGAGAUCUACUCUUGACUCGACCUGCCGCAGCGGCACUGUGGCGAGGAGGACUUGUGCGCCAGCUGGAGAGGGAAGCAGAGAACGCGGAUGGGAUAAUGACGACAGUCACGGCAUCAGCCUCAUUGCUGGAGAGGAGCGUAGUUGGCGUUCUUGAGGGUAUUCUAAAAGAUGCACCGAGACCAAAUCAAGGCGUCUGUUCACCCUCAAAGCGGCAACAACAAGAGUCAGCGAAGUGUGGCGCUGCGAAGUCCAAGAGAAAGCAGCAGAGCGCCAGCGGGAAAGGCGGCAGCAGCUCUCACACCAAUGCCGUGUCAGGUUCACCGACCAGCAGGCAGCCGGGUGACGCAGCGGAAGCUUUGCCAGCCCCUAUUCCUCUCUCAAAACUGCUUUCUUGGUGUUGUACCUGUCUUCUCUCGACAACGCUGGGGGUCACUGGCGCAGAAGCUUCAGGUAGUGAAGGCCUGAGUCCCGUGCACAGCUUGCGCAAUCAAGACGGGUGUGCGCUUGACUGUAUUGUUCGUGCGUACGACUAUCUUCUGCAGCACCAGUCGCAGCGCCUCAACGCCGCCCUGUGGCACAACUUUAACCUCUUCGUGACGUGCGGCAUGUGGCAGUGGGCAAUGGCAGCGUCGUGUAGCGACACCGAAGGUCGUGCCAUGGCGUACCUGCCGCCAAUGCGGAAACUUCUGAGUGCACCAUCGACAGCAAAGGUGCUGACCGCUCUCACGGCGGACACGGGCAGUCUGUUGUGGAUGUCGCCUCUCUUGCUCCCCUCAUACCUCUCUCUGCCACCCACGACGAAUGCGGUUGCAGAGAUGCUGUCGCAGGUGCUCUGGGGCUCUCCCUGUCGAGCGCUGUGGAUAGCAAUCUUGCGUGCCGCUGCAAGUGGAGAGAGCGUGGGCGCAGGGGCGAAGGCGACUGGGCCAUCGCCAAAGACUUCGCCGUUGAUGCAGGAGUUAUACCCAACCUCUGACACCUUUUUGUUUGGUGUGCUCUGCAGUCAAUGGACUCACGCCGUGCUUGCCAACGUAGCGGAGUGCGUUGCGACCGCCACCGUGGGCGGCGGCGACUGCGCGGCGCUGAUGACUAGCCUGAUCCGCAUGCGUACGUCAGGCGCAUGUGCCUGUGGGGCAGUACCGCCACGAACGUGCCUCCUGACGCUCGAGUGCGUGCCAGCCUCUCUUUCCCAGCACGGGCUUCAGCGUUUACUGGACGAGGUAGGAAGGUUGCAGGCGCAGUACCUCGCCAGGGAGAAAUCAGCGAGGCAGGAGGAGGAGGCGGAGGGCCGCCGACGCGUCCUGGAGCAACUGCAGAGCAUUCAAGCUCUCGCUGAAGCUCAUCGUGCUUUCUGCGAGGCCGCAGGUGCGAAGUGCGCCGCGAGGGCUGAUGAGCACCAACAGGUGCAAGAGGAACUCCAACGCCGACGUGAUGCCCGUGUGGCUCGCCUCCGUGCGGACGCAGCGGCACUGGAGCAUAAGCGACAGGUGGCACUUGAAACACUGCGGCGCAAAGCAGUGCAGGCUCGUGCAGAUGCAGACGCCGCUCGUCAGCGGCGCUUUGCCUCCUACCAGCAACGCCUGGCGAGCGAAUACCGCGUGUCAACGUUCUUAGAGCACCUGCAGCUGCCUUUGGCCCGUGUGCUAGAGGUGCGGGACGCGCUGCGGACCGUUGCGGACCGUAUUACCCCAGACGACCUCCUCGAGUAUUUAGUCUCUGGAAAGGCGAAGGUGCCGUCGGACAUGCUCGGCGAAGAUGACGCUUUGGAUGCCAACGAUGAGGCUGACGCAAAGGACGCAGCUGCUAACGAGGGAAAUGCUUCAGUUUAUGAACGUCAGGCAGAGCACCAAGCAGCGGGGACUUCAUCACCGCGUCCCCGAGCCACCGGAGAGCGCCGCGAUUUCUGGGCAGAUGUCAUGGACGGGGUCUCGACCACCGCAAGGACUCCUCCUCCAGAUAAUCAAGAAGGCAUCUGUCGCCAGACUACUGAAAUGACUCCAGCACUGGCGAUGACAACGGCAGAUACUAUGGGCGCUUCCUCGCUCCACACGCAGUCUUUUCACGCUCGUAUUGCGCCGUUGAUGGACCUCUUCUGCUACGAGGGCGGGGAUGAGUUUGGCCAUGUACCUGAUGCGCUUCCCAUCAUUCACCUCCGCGUGGCCUCUCGUGUGUGGCCGGCGUCGCAGGUGCAGUCACUUGGCUUUGCUGACGUACGCGAGGCCUUUGAGCGGAUGAGGGACCGUGGCCUUGUUCGCAUUCACGACGACGUGGCGCAGCUCACCCUUCUCGGCUUCCGCUACCACUACCCGUUUCACAACCCGGAAGGAAUGCUGGCGGUACACCUGCGCGAAUCCCAAGCGCGCGUAAGGAUGCUGGUUGAGUCACGGAAUGAAUUACUACGCGACGACAACAGCAGUGAGGAGGACAACGAUGAUGAGGGCGACAUCGCCGCCGAAAAUGGAGAGAAAGCCGACGAGGAUGAGGCGAGUGUGCACGACAGGGAGGAUCGAGUCCUGCCAGAGGUGGAAUUCGGCAUUUAG